AAAAAAAAUUUUUAAAUUAAUAAUUUAUGGAGGUGCAUUCCCAACACAAUUUUCAGCUUCUUUACAAAAUUUGAGCAUUAUAAAUAGUGAAAUUGAAAAUAUGGGAAUUUUCCCUAGAAUGGAGAAAUUGUUAGUGCUUAAUUUGCGUGGUAAUAAUUUAGAGCAUGUUGGAAUGGAUGAGAAAAGUUUUAGUCACGGACGAAUACAACUGAAUCAGCAACACAUAGACACCAGUGACAGCCGUUACACAACAAAAGUUGCGAUUCAAGUUUGA